UUAACCCCUUGGUCGUUGUUUACAAAAUUUUAUACUAAAAUCUGCAAUAAUUUAUAAACUCGAAGCAAAUUUAAAUAAGGCAUUUGAAACUAUACAUCAAUAACAAGAUAAAUUUCUUAACUAUCUAGAUUAUUUGUACAUACAUAAUCCUGUAAACUUAACAAAUAAUUCCAAGUAAAGUUCAAAGUAAUUAGAUGGAAUUUUCAACUUCUGAAAAGAAACAAAAUCGGUUUGGUUGCAAGAAAUGUGGAUUUCCUGGGCAUUUGACAUUUCAAUGUCGAAAUUAUCUAACUACUGAUCCAAAUAGAAAACCCAUAAUAGCCGGUGAAGAAUCAUCAAGUAGUGAGGAGGAAGAAGAUUUUAUGACACCACUCCAAAAGUUGAAUCAACAAGAGAAAGAGCAGGAAUUACGAGAUAAAGCUAAAAGACGUGAACUUGAAAAAGAAAGAAGAAAAAGAAAGAAAUCUCGUAGUAGAUCUUCCAGCAGUAGCAGCAGCAGUUCAAGAUCAACAACUAGUAGUUCAUCGUCGUCAAAUAGCUCCAGUAGCAGUUCAUCAAGUUCCAGCAGCAGUUCCUCAUCCUCAGACAAUAAGCGCAGUAAAAAGAAGAGAAGCAAAAGGAAAUCCAGAAAACUUAAGAAAAGUACUACAUCUAAGAAAAAACACAGAAAGCAUAAAAAGAAAUAAUAUUAAAUAUCAUUCAUAAUUUUUUUUUCUAUGAAUUAAUUAAAACUUUUGAUUUCGCUUGACAAACAGGACAGCAGAUGUACAAUUUUAAAAAUUCAAAUUUUCUUAAUAAAAAAUUUUUUUCAUCAAAUAUAA